AUGACAGGUCUUGGCUCUCCUUGUGGAGCGUGCAAGUUCUUGAGAAGAAAGUGUGUGAGAGGCUGUGUAUUUGCCCCUUACUUCUGCCACGAACAAGGAGCUUCACAUUUUGCUGCAAUUCAUAAGGUCUUCGGCGCCAGCAAUGUCUCCAAGCUCCUGAUGCACCUUCCGGUCACCGAUCGAUCCGAGGCCGCCGUGACCAUCUCCUAUGAGGCCCAAGCUAGGCUCCAGGACCCUAUCUAUGGCUGUGUUGCUCAUAUCUUUGCUCUGCAACAGCAAGUUGUUAGUUUGCAAGCACAACUUGCUUCUUUAAAGGCUCAUCAAGCAGCUCAAGGGGUUGGUAAUAAUAAUAUUAUAGGCUUAACCGAAGCUUCCAUAGCUCAAGAAGCUGGGAAAGCCUACAAUAGAUACGCAUCAUAUCAGCAAGAUGUGCAGGGAUUAAUUAUGUCUCAGGCAAUCGAUGAAAGAACAAACCAACCAUCAGUUUCAAAUCACAUGAUGAACUGUGAAUCUUCGUCUCAAGAAGAUCUCAUCUCUAUGAGCGUGGAAGAUGAAUCAUUUUGUGGAAUGAGAGCUGCUUAUAAUUAUCAUGACCUGGAGGACCUUCAAUCUAUAGCCUUUGCCUAUCUGCAUCGUUCUUGA